UUCAGUUUAUUAUUCAAGACUCCAUUCAAAGUCAGUAUUGGAUUAAUAAUCAGGCAACACUAUAUCCAUAUGUUAUUUACUACAGAAGAGAGACUGAUAAACUAUGUUCAAAAAGUUUUUGUUUUUUAUCUGACACUAAACAGCACAAUGCUACAACCGUCUAUAGAAAACGAAUGACUCGUUCGCAAACGGCGUUCGCGAACAACAGGCUCGUUCGCAAACGGUGUUCGCGAAGCCCCAAGCAAUUGUGCGUUAACGUUGGCGAAAGGUAUAACAUAACCUUAAAUCAAUGUUGGACGCGUCAGAAGACCAUUCAUAUUUUAAAAAAAAAUUUUAUAAAGAAAUUGAAAAUUUCAACGAAAAGUUUUAUCCGGUGGAAAAAAAUAAACGACAGAAGGAUGGCAUACAAUGAGUCGACUACCGAAAUAAUCCUUGCAAUUUUAAUUAUCGCACAAUGUUUGUGUAUUUUGAAAUUGAUGAGAAGUGAGAAUAAGUCAAGAAGAUGGGGCGUGCGACUAAUCAACCAACGUCGUCCUGUCCUUGGAGAGUUCGAAACUUUGUUUCACGAGAUGCAGGACGAUGAAGAGUACUUUUUUAAAUACACAAGGAUGAGUGUCGACUGUUACAAAUAUUUAUUGGAGAAAGUUACUCCAUUUCUUUUAAAGAGGAGUCGCAGAAAACCGCUGACACCUGGACAUCGACUCAGUAUGACGUUAAGGUGGAGGAUUCUUGACACUCAUAUUUCUGCACAUCCUCAGAGGGUAGACAAUAUUGUUAUGGCAAUCAUUUGUCUACACAAUUUUUUAAUGUCAGUUAAUAACAAGGCAGAUAAAAACAAUAGACGCUAUUGUCCUUCGUCUUACAUUGAUCAAGAGGCCGAGAACGGACAUGUCAGACUAGGGGAUUGGCGUUUUGACGGAAACGACCAACUGCAAUCUUUUCCGACUAUAAGGCCUGGAAGUCAAGGAACGAUAAAUGGAGGAAAAAUGCGCCAAGCAUUAACUACAUAUUUUUUAAGCAGAGAAAGUGCUGUACCGUGGCAAUUAGACUAUGUUCGUAGAGAUCAAAAUCAAGACAAUAGAUAACAGGUCUAGAAUAAGAUAUAAAUUAAAAUACUAUUUUUGUAGGAAAAAGAGCCAUUAUCUGAAUACUUCAAUUCUGCAUGAAAACAGUUUUAUUAUGUAAGAUUAAUGUGCAUUUAUUGAUAAGUUUUUUAAUUCAAUUUUUUGAUUAAAAAUAGAAGCUUGUAAUGUUUUUCGAAUGUCGUAGCAUUUUAUAAUUUUAUAAAUCGUUACCAAUCGGUACUCAGAUGGAAAUAAUUCUCUUGCAUGGAAUUUCUAAUUGAAAUUUCUUUUUCUAAAUUUCGAACAUAAAUCCGAUUGGAUAUUAUUACGAAAUAUAAUAUAGA